AUGUCCCGUUCUCUCCUCAUUACCGGCGCGACAGGCAAGCAGGGCGGCGCAGUCGUCAACGCGCUCCUCGAGCGCCCAGACGAGUUCACGAUCCUCGCCGUCACGCGCGACCCCAACUCGGCGUCGGCGCAGCACCUCGCGGCCAAGUCACCCACCAUCAAGCUGGUCAAGGGCGACCUCAACGACGUGCCCGCGCUGUUCGAGUCCGCCAAGGCCGCGUCGCCCACAGGCAAGAUCUGGGGCGUCUUCUCGGUCCAGGGCAUGGAGAUGAAGGUCAAGCACGACGCGGGCGACCUCGCCACCGCACCCGAGGUCAAGCAGGGCGUCGGGCUCAUCGACGAGGCCCUCAAGGCUGGCGUGUCGCACUUUGUCUACUCGUCGGUCGACCGUGGCGGCGAGGAGCGCUCGUGGAACAACCCGACCCCGAUCCCCCACUUCAAGACCAAGCACUUUAUCGAGCAGCACCUGCGCAAGGCAGCCGAGGGGAGCAGCAUGUCGUGGACCAUCUCGCGCCCCCCCAUCUUCAUGGACAACCUCGAGCCAGGCUUCAUGGGCAACGUCAUGCUCACGGCCGUCCGCGACACGCUCAAGGACAAGCGCAUGCCGUGGGUCGCGACCAAGGACAUUGGCCAGUUCGCCGCCGCGGCGUUCCGCAACCCCACAGGACUUGAUCACCGCGCCAUCACCGUGGCGGGUGACGACGUCAACUUUGCCGAGAUCGACGCCAAGUUCAAGGCCGUGACCGGCAAGCCGGCGCCCACGACGUAUGGCUUCAUCGCCAGCGGGCUCAAGUGGGGUGUCGCCGAGCUCGGCAUCAUGUUCAACUGGUUCCGCGACGACGGAUACCGUGCCGACAUCCCCGAGCUGCGCAAGUUUGUGCCCCACCUCACCGACUUUGAGACUUGGCUGAGGGAGGACAGCAAGUACCCCAAGGCGGCGUAAGGACGUGAGCCGCUCACGUAGGCACGAGUCUCCCAUAUACCCAUCGAUCGGUUCCAACCUGUUACUAUUGAUAGCCAGCACCCGGGGCGGCGAUACAGCCCUACGUAUGCUGUUCUAUGGUCUUCAUCGAGCAGUCCCGGAG